AUGAGAUGCCAAUAUGACUCGUUCCGUUCAAAAAAGCGAUUGCCCACGUUCACAGCGGCCAUUUCGGCUCUCCAAGCCGAUGGACGAUGGAGGCUUUCAGUCGGUGUCAUCGAAGAGAUGCAGGAGUCUCGGCUAGAUCCAGAUAUGGCCACCUAUGGCGAAGCCAUCCUGACCCUUGAGCAGGAUCAGCAGUGGGGCCAAGCGAUCAACCUCUUGGAGGAGGCGCGUGCUGCGAGGUUGCAGCCAGAUGAGGAUGCUUAUCUUGCCACCAUCCAGGUGGUGGAAAGAGCCCAUCAGGACGGCGUGGCGCAACGCCUCGAGGAGGAACUCAUGGUCCACCGUUUGAAGGCCGAGGACACGGAAGGCCGAACUGCAGGCAUGUCCAGCAGGCUGCUUCGCCAGAUCAGCGGGGCAUUCUUCGAUGAGCGGUGGUAG